AUGACAGCAUCAGACAUCGACAAAGCUUUGUUGGAGAUGACGCUGGAGGAAGAUGAAGAACCAUAUGUGCUACCUGAUAAACCAGAGUAUUAUUCUACCGAGAGGAAUUCCCUCAGUCUCAUUGGAAGACUACUAAAUCCUCAGUGUCAAAAGAUGUCUGAUUUGAUACUGGAUAUGCCAAGGAAGUGGCAAUUGUAUGACAGAGUUAAGGGAGUGGCUCUCUCCAAAGAUCGAUUUCAGUUCAUCUUUAAGUAUGAGCGGGAUUUGAUUGAUGUGAUGAACAGAGGACCGCAUACCAGCAACUCAUGGUCGAUUGUGUUGGAUAGAUGGGUCGCGAAACCGCCGGAAGAUUAUCUCAAGUAUCUGUUUGUCUGGGUCCAAAUGAGAAACAUACCGGUGAACCACUAUACUCCAGAAGCGAUUCAUGACUUUGGGCAGUUUGCUGGAGAGGUGAUUGAAGUGCCAUAUGACCCGGAGAAGGCUCAGACAAAGGAUUAUGUGCGGGUACUGGUCAAGUUUGAUGUCUCAAAACCUCUUAGAAGAGCAAAGAAGAUAACAAUUCCAGGAGGAGAAGAGGUCAACAUCAAAUAUGAUUAUGAGCGGUUGCAGAAGAGAUGUUACACUUGCCAACGACUAACUCAUGAACAGUCUAUGUGCCCCAUUGAGAGAGCAAAGAAGUUGCAAGUUGAUGGUACAGCGCCUGCUGUGAACAAAAGCACCUACGCUCAGGUUACCCCAACGAUGGAGGUUGAUGACCCACUGUUUGGACUUAUUCCGGAUAAGCUUUUGGGAAAGGAUCCUCUGACCGGAAAACCAAAAAUAGCUGCGGAAGUGUUGGAAGAUAUGAGACUUUACAUUACUGCUGCUUCUGGUCAGGAGAAGCUUGCACGUGAAGAAAGAGUGAAGAAGUCUCUCAAAGAUUUGGAAGAUGACUCUAUCAGGCAGAAAACAAUUUUGAGGUUGGAGGCUCCUCCAAUAAUAUCGAAGGAUCUAGACAAAGGAAAAGGAGUGGUCUUCGACUUCAAGGCCAAGGAAGAUAAAUGCCCAGUGGGUGAAAAGUUGAUGGCGGGGGCAAUCUCAGCCGGUAACAAAGUUCUCCAAUCUGGAAAGGUUAUCAGCCAGCCGUUUCUGUUAUCUGAGGGUGGGAAGCCUGUUCAAGCAACCGGUUCUCAGGAAAGCUCAACGGGUUAUAACAUUGGGUUCCAUGAACCUACUGUUUCCGGAGCUGCCCUGAAGAGAACCUAUAAGAGACGAAGACCAGGCACCUUCACAAGGAAGGCUAAUGGGAAAGGAAUUGCGAAGAGCUCAGUGAAACCCGGAAAGAAGGUGGGAGAAGGUGUUACAACAGAAACAAAAAGGAAGGCGAAUGAUGAUGUCGAGCCAUCUCAAAGCUCUGCAAGGUUUAAGAAACCAUUGGUGGUCCCAAAUGAGGGACCGUCCAAUAUUUAA